AGUAAAAUUCACUACUCACUAUCCAAUAAGCCAAGCUUCUAUUACAUAUAUUCAUACUGCAUCUCGUACCAAUAUAGGUAGACAAUAUUUGCAUCCAUAAAUUUAUUUAUAUAUAUACAUAUUUAAUUAAUUAAUUUAAUAUUUAUUUAUUUAUUUAGUCAUUUACUUAAUAUUUUUACUGAUUCAUGUCUGUAGAUAAUCAGAUAAGCAAUGAUUAACUCCAGAAUAUUUCUCAUACAGGUACGACAUACAAGUUCAACAUCUAAUUUAAAUUAUUAUCAAAUCUUAGAGGUACCACCAUCAUCAUCAAUAAAGGAAAUUAAAUUACAAUUUAAAAAACUAAGUAAGAAAUAUCAUCCUGAUUUAAAUCCAAAUUUAAGUAAUGAAGAAAAAGAACUACUUAAUAAUAAAUUUGUUCUGAUGGUUAAUGCGUAUGAUACCCUUAAAGAUAUAAAGAAAAAAAAACAAUAUGAUGAAGAAAUAUUAGGACGUCAACAUCCUCAUCAUCGACUGAAUCGAGGAUUUGGUCUGAGACGUGAUGCAAAUACUGAAUGGCAUAAUCAAUAUUAUGGUGAAGCAAAAUAUUAUUCACGUGGUGGAUCCCAAAGUCUGAGUCUGGGACUGGGACUUAAUAGUAAACGUCAUAGAGUAUAUUAUGAUGGUAAUGAUUUUGAUCCAGGAUCCAAAUUCUCUGGUCAACAUAUUAAUUAUGGUGAUAGAUUUGAUGUCCCUCACUUUGAUUAUAAUGAACACCUUCAAAAACAUUUAAAGUUCGAACAACGAAUCAUUAAUAAACAUUUAUCAACGGAAGAGAGAGAUAAGAUCUUAAAGAAUCUUAAGAAAUCAAAUGAAAAUGUUAGUGAAGAAUUGAUUACGAAACAUUUAAUGAGACAUGUUCAUCACCAAAAUAAUACAUCAACGCAAUCUGAACCAUAUACAUCAACACCUAAUCAUUCACAACAACCAUUUACGAAAUCAUCAUCAUCAUCAAAUCAUAAUACAAGAAAUCCUCAUAUGUAUUAUGGACCAGAAUAUCUGAGUGAAUCAAAUAUAGGCAAGACUCUAAUAUUCUUAACUGGAGCAGGCAGUUCAUUAUUCUUACUAUACAAAGCAGUUAGUUAACAUUUAACAUUUAAAAUUUAAAAUUUAAACUAAGU